AAUUAUGAAAUAAUUUGUAAUUUUUAUCUUAAUUUAAUUUUCUCAAGUUAUCUUCUUGCAUUUGUAAUACAUAUUAGUACAUUCUAAUGCAAAUGUUUAGUGUUUAGACUAUAGAAUGAAAUUAAAGAAAAAUUUCAGAGAUGUAUAAUUGUUGAAAAUGAAAAAAAUUUUUUGAUGCUAGAUAUUCGUUGACUAUUGCUAAUCAAUUGAUGAUCAUACAUGUAUCCAUAAUGUAAUAAGAAAUAUAUUUAUUACAUAUAUACUAAUAAACAUUUCGACAUUUGUGGACCAGUUUCUGAUUGACCGUUAUUGCAUAUUUGUGAAUCUCUCUUGUAGCUUUUUUUGAGUGAAAGAAUUUCCAAAAAAUAAAUAGCAAUAUAUAUAUAUGCAUAACACAAAUAACUAAAUAAAUUUGACAUUUUUGGUCAAACGGGAUCUUGUCCUUUUUGAUUUUUUGGAAAUUUUAUUUGCAACAUCCUGGACUGUUUCGAUUUCCCAUCGAUGUAUAUUUUAUCCUUGUUCACUGAAUGUUAAACAAGAAUAAAAUGAUACAUGGGCGCACCCGCGUGAUGAAUCCGAACAGGCGUAUACGUUAGAGAUCCUAGGUAAAAAUAUUUUUUAUCUCUAUAAUACAGCUCUUUCCAUUGGAGAUACCUCUCGUCCAUUUGUAUACACAGCACGUGUAUCCGGUAAUGGGUAAUUCCCCCUCCCCAUAAAGGUCAUAGAACGCAUGAGCAGGCUAGAGAACGCUCGACGACAUUCGUUACACGUACAAGUUAGAUCAGUCUUUACGAAUUUGUACCAAAAAUUGUCUUUGCAUCAAUAUCAAGUGAAAAUGCUCGCGUUUCUCAGAAUGAUGGAAAGAAGACGCAUAUCCUUCCAAUCUGAAACGAAACGGAUCGAACACGCCAACAGUUUGAAUAUUAGUGAAGAAUAUUUGGAAGUUGUACAAUUGUCGUUUCAGGCAAAAGACGACCUAGGUGAAGACAACAAAUCUUCCACAGAGAAGAACGAAAUGAUCAAGAGGAUAAAGGACAAGAUGAAUACAUUGUUUCAGAGUGCAACCGAUGUUGAGACGAGCGUAAAAUUUAAUGACAUAAUAAUUUUGGCGGUAGCUUAUUAUAACUUAGGUCUAGUAUACGUUAAUUCCAAGGACAAAUACGAAUUAACCACUGCUUUCAUGUGUCUUAAAAUGUGUCUGGAAUUGUUAGAGGGAAGAGAACUGGAUCAAAAAGCUAUAUUGACGUAUAUAGGCACUCUUAACGAAAUAAACACAGUUUUUUAUAAAUUAAAGAAAGAGUAUACUUAUAAUUCUUAUAAAUUCUUAAAAUUAGCAAUGGAAGCAUACGUGAAGUACACAAAGGAGGAUAAUUAUUCUGAUCCUGUUCAUAUAGCAAGGAUUUUUGAUAGCAAAGAAGAAAAAGAAUCGAAUCCUAGGAUUAUUUUAGAGACCUUACAUUUUACAACUAUACGCAAUAUAGCAUCUCAAUAUUUUGUACAGCCAAAGGAUAAGCAUGAGUUUGUAAUGUACAUGCAUGUCUUGUUAAAAACGCAUUUGUCAGAAAUGGUAUCUAGUGGAAUGAAUUUUCGAGAAGACUGUCUUGAUUGGGCUUUAACUUUAUUUGAUAUGUCUAAAUACUUUCUAGCAAACGAUCGUUAUGUAGAAGCCAGAAAUUAUCUUGUUACUGCAGAUUAUGUGACGUACAGAUUUUCUGAAGACACAUUGAAAGCACUGAAAGCAACGAAAACGAUCGAGAAUGGACAAAACUCGAGUGAAAUAUUAAAAGUGCGAUUUCUCUAUUUGUCCGAUAGCUAUGACUAUGUCUGCGGCGUUAGCGCUAGAUCUUGGGGUAAUUACGGCGUUUUACUUCUACGUUUUUGGCAGGAAAGAUUUUUAAAGAAUCAGUGCGAAGAAUGUAAGAUAAAUAAUUUAGUAUUAGCGAUAAAGUCUGAUAAGGAGCAGUCGAAAGACUUGCUAAUAUUUCGUGAUCUAAGGAACGAUGAGGUAGAAGGUACGGACGAUCAGAUCACGCAUACGUGUAUAAUGAAUUACGCCGAUGCCAAUUCCGUUUUUGUAAAAGUUUUAAAACAUCUUCAAGUAGCGAAGGAAUAUUUUACUGCCGACACCGACACGGAAACUUAUGCAAAGAUAAUACUUGAGAUUUCCGCAGCGUACAAAUAUUUAGCGGGUUUUGAACACAAGAGAGACAUUCAACUGGAGCUGCACAAACAGCGAGUAAAAUAUUUAGAGGAUACUUGUAACAAAUUUCACGAGAUAAUUGAUACAGAUACAGAAUUUCGAAUUUACAAACGCGUUUGGUAUGAAAUAGUGACAUCAUGUUCCACAAUUAUGGAUUUAAUGCUCGAGGAAUCGUAUUGUAAAAAUUUUGACGAAUUUAGAAGUAUGUCGAAGGAAGUUGAUCGAUUUGCGAAAUUAAUCUUAGGAAAUAUUAACUUAUAUUUACACGUAUGACUUAGGGCUUUAGAAAAAUAUUUAGUUUUUUUUUUGGAACUGGCGUAUUUCUUGUGACGUUAUCGUAAAAUACAGUGAAAGUCAUAUGAGAAGCAUAAUUAUAGAUAAACAAGGAAAAUUUCCAUUAAUUAGCUGCAUUAAAUUUGAGAACACAUACAGCUUUUAACCGAGUCAUAUUCCUUAUCGUUCUCAUAUGACAGAAAUACGUGUGGAAGUAUCAAACAUUAUUAUAUUAAUUUUAUAAUAGUGGUAAGCAGUAUUAUUAGUAGAAUUAGUAUAAAGUCUCACUACCACGAUUAACGAUUAUAUAAUAAUUCACACAAUGUACAAUUAUAUAAGAUUAUAUAUUUUCAUAUUUUUAAAAUAACUUUUUAUAUAUGAGAUGCAAAUGUGUAUAACUUAUACAUGGACAAAUUGUGAGAUUAUCAAUGCUCGUACAAAUUGAAAUAAUUUCAGGCAAAAAGUUGUAAUUUUUAUACAAUUUUUACUCUGUAUAUACAUCUAGUAAGCAUAAUAAGUUAAAACUUUUAUGGCAUUAAUUAUUUUACUUUUAUAUUUUUGCUCCUUU